AUGAGCGAGAAGAUCGACGCCGUGGACACGGUCCACAAGGAGAUCGAGACCAGGGUCGUCACUGGCUCCGAGGCCUUCAACGAGGCCAUGAUCAAGGAGCCCCCCAAAGCCUGGAGCAAACCGCAACUCUUCAUCUACGCUUUCUCACUCGUCGGUUUCUUCUGUUCGACCAUGAACGGAUACGACGGGUCCCUCAUCAACAACUUGCUGCAAAACCCCUCUUUCAAAGAGCGCUACGGCGCGAAAAACGACGGUAUCUGGGCUGGUAUCAUUUCGUCCAUGUAUCAAAUCGGUGGUGUCAUUGCCUUACCCUUCGUCGGUCCUGCCCUCGACACCUGGGGUCGUCGAAUCGGUAUGCUUAUUGGUGCCGGCAUCAUUGUCAUCGGAACUUGCGUCCAAGCCACUGCCAAUGGAACCAGCCAGUUCAUGGGAGGUCGAUUCCUCCUUGGUUUCGGCGUAUCCAUUGCCGCUUCCGCCGGUCCCAUGUAUGUUGUUGAGAUCAACCACCCCGCCUACCGUGGAGUUGUCGGUGCCAUGUACAACACCCUCUGGUUCUCCGGUGCCAUCAUUGCCUCCGGCGUGGCUCGAGCCGCUCUCGACAUCGAGGGUGAUGCCUCAUGGCGCCUCAUCACCUGGAUGCAGGCCCUGUUCUCCGGUCUUAUUUGCCUCUUCUGCAUGUGGAUGCCCGAGUCUCCCAGAUGGCUUUUCGUCAACAACAAGAAGGAACAGGCUGCUGCCAUUCUCGCCAAGUACCACGGCAAUGGCAAUACCGACUCCCCCUGGGUCAAGCUCCAGCUCCACGAGUACGAGGAGCUCCUUAACAUGGACGGUGCCGACAAGCGCUGGUGGGACUACCGUGCUCUUUUCCGAGACCGUGCUUCCAUCUACCGCCUCAGCGCCAACGUCUGUAUUUCUAUCUUCGGUCAAUGGGCCGGCAACGCCGUCCUCUCUGUUCUCGACACAGCCGGCUAUACCCACCCCAUCCAGCAAGCGAACAUUACUCUCAUCAACUCCUGCCAGCAAUUUGCUUUCGCCAUCUUUGGUGCCCUUCUAGUCGACAGAGUCGGUCGCCGCCCUCUCUUGCUCUUUUCCUUCGCCGCCUGCACAUUCGUCUGGCUUGGCAUGACCGUUGCCUCCGGUAUCCUCUCCAAGUCCCAGAUUGGUGAGACCGAUGGUGGCAGCCCCAUCUUUGACAACCCAGCCGCCUCUCAAGCGUGCUUGGCCAUGAUCUUCAUAUUCGGCUCCGUCUUCUCCGUCGGUAUUACGCCCCUACAGGCCCUCUACCCCGUUGAGGUGCUCUCUUUCGAGAUGCGUGCCAAGGGUAUGGCGUUUUCCAACUUGGCCGUCAACGCCGCCGGUCUCCUCAACCAGUUCGCCUGGCCCGUCUCUAUGGAGAAGCUUGCCUGGAAGACUUACAUCAUCUUCACCAUCUGGGAUGCCGUUCAGACUGCCGUUGUCUUCUUCUUCAUUCCGGAGACCAAGGGCCGCACUCUCGAGGAGCUUGAUCACAUCUUUGCUGAUCCCAAUCCCGUUAAGGCUUCCAUCCGGAAGAAGGCUGUGGCUGUUGACCGCUACGGCGAUGUCGUCAACGUUCAAGACGUCUAA